GCCGAGAAGCAGAUAAAAAGACAGACAGGUGAUGAAGAUGUUCUCCUCCUCGCGCCUCCUCCUCCUCCUCCUCUCCAUCAGCGCCUCCUUCAGCUUCUGCUCCGCCGCUCAGAGAGACUCCAAACUCCGCCUGCUGCUGCACCGAACCCCGCUGCUGGGCUCCAAACAGGACACGUCCCGCUCCUCACUGACAGAGAUGCUCCUGUCGGACCUCCUGCAGAUGGAGAACGAGGCUCUGGAGGAGGACGGGUACCCUCUGCCUGAAGGAGAACCUGAGGACAUCCGUCUGGCCCUGGAGCGGGCCGCCGGAACCGGGCCACUGCUGGCGCCACGAGAGAGGAAGGCCGGCUGCAAGAACUUCUUCUGGAAGACCUUCACGUCCUGCUGA